AAACAAUACAAGAAACCUGAAAUCCAAAAAAGAAAAACCCAAAAUCUUCGCUUCUUCAUCUUCUUUUUACGUUUAUAUGGUGAGAAAUUCUAUGAAGGCUGAGUACGAUAUAGAUCAUCUUCCUCAUCAAACCUUUUAUGGUGAUUAUUCAAAAACUUUGGUUCCCAUGAACAAGAACUCCCAAAUAAUAACCAAGAUCAAGCCUAAGAUCCGUAUCAUCCAUAUAUUUGCUCCCGAGAUCAUCAACACCGAUGUCAAGAACUUCCGCACACUCGUCCAAAGUCUAACCGGGAAACCGGAGAUCACCAAAACCGGUUCUAAGAAAAAGAUAACCAACACAAAUUUUCCUGCGCCACCGGGUUUGCCUCAAGAUUCCGGCCAAGAACAUACGGCUGAACUGGACAACAGAAUAAUAGGGAGCCACGUGGUGAAGGAAGAAUGGGGAUCAAGUUCAAACACAAAUACUUACUUUGAUUUUGACGGUUUGAUCGAUCUUGAUGAAGACGACAACAUAUUCUCAAGUCGAUGGUUUGAUCUUCAACAACAAUAAUUAGUUUGGUCACACCUUACCCUAAUAUGUAGGGUUUCUACUAAUCGUAAGUCCUGUUGGUUUUGAUGAUGAUUUGAUCAUUUAUUCGAUAUGGAGCAUAACAAGACAUGGGUCAAGACAAGACCAAGGUUGAGACGAUGAUCAUCUAUAUAGGUAGGAACAUACAUAACUUGUAUAUAUGUACAAAUGUUUGGAUUUUUUGGGCUUGGGUGCCCUUUGAUUUAAUUUGUUAGACUGACUUAAUUUACCAAGAAAGAGUGUAGUGAUGAGUUUGUAGACUGAUUUUGCCAAGAAAAAGUAAGUUUGUGUUUUGAUCUCCGAUCAUGUGAAAACUCUACUUAAAAAUGGUGUAACGUUGUACUCACGCGUGCGUGUGCAAGUUUUAUAUAUAGAAAAGCGAGAAUGAUAUUGUGAUUG